AUGCAGAAUGCUCAAGCAUGGCAAAAUCCCGGCGAGGGGUCUCUAGAUCUCAAGCGCACGCUCUCCGCGAUCUCGGACAUCCCUGAAUCUCUCUUAAGAGCCGAGCUCCAACGACGAGAUGCCACAAAUUCAGUGGAGACUCCCUCAUGUGGCUCCACGGCGCAGGGCGCCUAUAACACACCAUUGCAUGUCAUGGCAUUGUUCCUCAUCUUAGGGUUGAGUACAUUCGCAUGUUCAUUUCCGGUUCUUGCUCGCCGCUUCCCUGGUCUUCCGAUUCCACGUCGCUUCCUGUUUAUCUCCAGACACUUUGGCACUGGGGUCUUGAUCGCCACAGCGUUCGUGCACUUGCUCCCGACUGCAUUUGUUUCCUUGACAGACCCCUGUCUCCCUCGGUUUUGGAGCCAUACGUAUCGUGCAAUGGCUGGCUUUGUGGCCAUGAUAUCGGUCUUCGCUGUGGUUGUGGUAGAAAUGUUUUUUGCCAUGAAAGGUGCAGGGCAUGUGCAUGGCAAUGAUUACGAUACUCUGAUAGGCGACCUUGGUCGUGAGUCUAUGAGCGACUUUGAGCAUGACGCGGCAGAUUAUUCGCGCUUGGAAGCGCAAAGAUCGCAAGGAAAUAUUCGUUUAGACAGCCUACGACAGAGUGGUCAGGCUGAGGUUGAUGAACCUGCUUCUGCUUCUUCUGAGCGGCCGCACUCGGCUAGUUCCCAAUUGGACAAGCAAGAGGACGAUGAUACUGAUCUUGAUGAGCUCGAUGCCUACGCUGAUGAUUCCCUGCCUCAUGUACGAUCCCGGUCACAUUCACUUCGUCACCACCACCCGCAGAUGAGUGGUCACUUUCGACAGCAGUCCGGCUCGGAGUUGCCAAUGCAGAACCCGCAGCGCCAGCUUCUCCAGUGUCUACUCCUAGAAGCUGGUAUUCUUUUCCACAGUAUCUUCAUUGGCAUGGCACUCAGCGUCGCAACCGGAACCUCAUUUGUUGUACUACUCAUUGCCAUCAGUUUUCAUCAGACAUUCGAAGGGUUUGCGCUGGGCUCGCGCAUUGCAUCACUCAUCCCAGAUCUUUUCUCUCCCUCUUCGGCAAAACCCUGGCUGAUGUGUCUGGCUUACGGAACAACGACUCCCCUUGGUCAGGCUAUCGGCUUGGUCUUGCACAAUCUCUAUGACCCGGCAAGUACCACGGGCCUGCUCAUGGUUGGCAUUACCAACGCCAUCAGCUCUGGCCUUCUCCUCUUUGCAGGUCUUGUGGAGCUCCUGGCGGAAGACUUUCUGAGCGAGCCAAGCUAUGAGACUCUCAAAGGAAGACGGCGUGUAGAGGCAUGCAUAUCGGUUGCAUGUGGGGCUCUCUUGAUGGCAUUUGUCGGGGCAUUUGCCUGA